UGCAAGUCCAGACUCACCUGAUCAUCAGAACAAGAUGGCAGCAACAUUCCAGCUUGUUUUGCUCAUUGGUUUGAGUAGUGGACUCUUGAUGGGAGCUGAUGCAAGAUGCCGGAAAAAAGGAGGAUGUAAGCAUGAGUGCAUGGGUUGCCCUGACGGUUGGACUAUAAAGGAGAAUCGCUGCUACAGGUUCGAGGCUGACAAAAAGGAGUGGUGUGAUGCUGAGAAACAUUGCAUUGCUCAAGGAGGAAAUCUGGCUUCGAUCCAUGAUGCUGGUGAACUCCAUUUUAUCAGAGGCAUGAUCGAUAGAGUUUCUGAGAAAAAAACAGCGGCUUGGCUUGGUGGCACCGAUGCAAUCAAGGAGGGUUGCUGGAUGUGGAGUGAUGGCUCAUCUUGUGACUUUAAGUACUGGGGUAAAAACCAGCCAAGCAAAAAGAAACGCCAAGACUGCAUGCUGCUGGGUAUCAAUGGGGUCAACAACAUCCGUUGUAAUGUGAAGGCGGCUUUCGUUUGUACCCGGGACGUUGAACCCAGAGAAUGAUCCUUCAGUAUCUUCAGGGAUGGAGUGUCAUUCACUGCCAUCUGAACACCUUAAUCAUAUCAGUUUGUUGUCAUUUCUGAUAAACUGAAAUGUGAUUCAAUAAAGCAA